AUGCCUCCAAAGCGCAAAGGCCCUCCACCAAGAUCCUCUACCGGCAAGGAUGGGCCCAAAAAGAGACGAAAGGCAAAGAUUCGGCCUGUUCAGGACGACUAUGUAUCUCCGGACGAGGAAUCAGAAGGGGAGGCCGUGGUGGUUGAUCUAAAGAGUUUUGAACAAGUGGAACAAAUGUCAUCCGACUCGGACGUGAGCGAGGGGGAGAGUGCAGAGGGCAAUGAUGAAUUCAAUAUGGAUGGUUUGGACGAUGAGGAUCGCGCUGAUGCAGAUGGUGAAGCUGAGACUGGAGAUGCAGUGUCAAAGUCUACGAAAAUGGCAAAUGCCAUUGGAAAGAUCUUGUCUGGAGACCUCGAUGCCAAGGAUCAAAACCGCCCGAUUCUGGCAAAACAAAAACAUAUUGAGCGUGCUUUGGAUGAACAAAAAUUGGAAGCCAAGGCACGAAAAAUCAUUGCCGCAGAGAAAAAGGAAAAGGCAGAUGUCGGAAGAAUAAUACCGGAUCAUACCACGACGGACUAUGAAAAAAAAUUGCGAAAGGUGGCCACGCGAGGAGUGGUCAAGCUGUUUAAUGCCAUUCGAGUUGCACAAAAAACGGCCGAAGAAGUCAAAGCGGACGGAGUGCAAAAGAAUGCAGCGACAGUCCCAGUGCUUUCGAAAAAUAGUUUUCUCAAUAUGAUCAAAUCUGACGCAAAGGAUGAAUCUCAACCAUCAUCAAUAGGAGAAACAAAAGGGGCUACAAAAAAGAACACAUCAGAAAAGGACGCAAAGGAUACAGAAGGCGUUCCGUGGGUUAAAUCAGAUUUCAUGAUGAAAGCACCCAAACACUGGGAUGAGGAGUCUGAGGAAGAUGAAGUGGAGAUUGCAUAAUUAUUUUUUGUAUUUAUCACUCACCUGUACAGAAGCAUUAAUAUAUCUAUAACGGACAAGAGC